AUGGGCGUGCUGGUCGGGUCUGUCUUACCUGACGACAUGCGCUGCCCAGCACCAGCAUCGACAUGCCGCUGGCCUGAUUACACUACACUGGCCAUCUGCUCAGAUCUCCGAGACGUUACAAAGCUGACGACAUCCGAGUGCAAGACGGAGCCACACGCUACAGAAAGCGCCGGGACCAUGUCGUGCACAUUUCAGUCCCCCGGCAUGAGGAACCUCACUUCUCCUUUGACCAUGACCUUCAAUAGCUCGACACCAUCAAUCCCGAACUCUGAAGACGUCGCUGCAACACCAUCCAUAAUUUCAGCGACCGAUACUAGAGCGGGCGGCGUCGAUGCCGUGGCCAUGAAUCUGGCAUCAGAAGAGGCCGACUUUACAACACAAAUUCCGCCCCGCGACCGAGCGACUAUUUCAGGUCAGUCAGCCGCCCCAGAGUCAAGCGAGGUUCCUGCUGGGUCCUCAGACUUGCGCUACUACCAGGCGAACUCGACCAGUGCAACUAUGUUUACCACUGACAAUAACUCGGAGACGAACCUGUGGAUGUUUCUGCAGUAUUCCAUGACAGUUAGCAGGGUUUCAGGAGAAAGAAACCCCGCCAAUUUCCACUUCAUCCACGACCCCAUCCACGUCUUCGGCGACUGGGACGGGUUUGCCCAGAACAUGGAUGCCGCGCUCACCAACCUGAUCAGCGGCGACAACGCCCAGGCCACGGCGCUGGCCGGAACAGCCUACGCCACUGUGCCAACCAGGGUGUUAUUUUGGCAGUGGCUGUCUCUGCCGUUGGCCGAGACGCUGCUUGUCGCUGCCUUGCUGGGCGUCACCAUCGCAGUCUCGCGCAACAUGCCGCCGUAG